UUGGACUAUACAGACGGCUGGCCCGUCCGAGCAACAUUUUGUAGAUUUGUUUAUUGUUUAAAUGUAAAUAACUUGUACACAAAGGAAAAAUGGCACCGAGUCCUGUUGAUGAGUUAGCCCUAUUGGACUUGGAAAGGUCCAACAAGGGAGCAUCAAAACAAAGGCGAGACCAGAUAAACUCAGAAAUCGGGAUAAUGCGAGAUCUUUUACCACUGCCCGAAAGUUCACGGCAGAGGUUAUCUCAACUCCAGGUCAUGUCACUGAGCUGUGUCUUUAUCAGGAAAUGCAACAUCCUCCAGAAAAUGAUACAAUCACAGCCUUGCCCUAACGAAGCCCCAUGCGAGUUUUCACAGUCUCUAACUGGAUUCCUUCUCGUCACAACCAGAGAUGGCAAGCUGGUCUACAUCUCGGAGAACGUUACAGAGUACCUGGGACACUCAAUGGUUGAUAUGAAGACGCAAGGAGACAGUUUAUUUGAUAUUGUUGACAAACGUGAUCAUGGCACUGUGCAGGCACAGUUGAUGCACGGAGUAGGAGAGGCUGACAAUAAACAACCAAUCAGCUUCUUCUGUCGGAUGAACAUGUCAAGGACCCUCAAACGCCAGGCUGGCUUUGGCGAUGUCAAGGUGAUGCACGUGCGUGGGCACUUUGUUGCUGUGCCGGGGCAGGACUCUGGUAGUGAACAACAGGUGUUUAUUUCCGUGUGCUCGCCGCUGAUCACCCCGGACGUCAAAGAAACCCUUAUUCAGAACAAUACCAUGGUCUUCAAAAGCAUACACCAUCUGGAUAUGAAUUUUCUGGAAAUUUCUCAAAACGGCGAGUAUCACCUCGGUCUUACUGGCGAUAAAGUAAGGGGAAAAUCCUGGUAUUCCUGUCUCCAUCCAGAAGAUAUCCACGAGGCCAGAGAAAAACAUAUCCAACUUGUAAAGUCAAGACACGAGAUGGGAUCUAUGAUGACAGUGCGUAUGAUCACUGAAGAUAAUCAGGUCAUCUGGGUGAACAUAGUGAUGCACGUGCGUCAAGCUUUGCUUUCCAAUAGUGACGAACCCGUCAUCUUUUGCAUCAAUCAAGUUAUCAGUGAACAGGAAGCAUACCAAUUUAAGAUCCAGGGUCAGCUAUUUGCUCUCUACGCAACUCGUGCUUCUGACUUUUUCUUCGGCUCUGCUUUCUGCGCGCCUGUUUCACAAGCUUUGGAGACCGGUAUUAUUUCUCAGCAGCAACAAAGUUCACCGAACUUUGCUCCAUCGACAUUUUUCGCGGGACAAAGUGUUUUCGAUGCAUCUGCUUCUACAUCGCAAGGAUUCAAUCAAUCCCCGAUGUUUUCAUCACAGCCGAACUUGUGCAUGAGAAACAAUGCUCCCGGUCAGGUCAUAGGUCGUCAGGGUCAAGGACACACAAAUACACUGAAGGCAUUGAAGAGAAAGUUGCAGGAGAACUUCAGCUCCACUUGUAAACCAAUCAAAGUCCCAAGAAUGGUUCAGGACAGAACUGCAGGAAAUGGAUAUAUGGUUUCUGGUGGCACGCCUCUUCCAUCGUCGUUUGAAAGUAACUCGUAUCGCAAUGCCCACGGCUCCAGCUUAGCCCCACAGCAUGCGGUUACAACUGGGCCUGUACAGAUGAUGUACUGCCUAAACAACAAUUCCAUUAACACCAAACCAAAGUCAGUUGUACCCGAACCCUUGCCAACAUUCGUGGAGUCGCCGAGGCUGAUGCCAAAAGCCACGCCACUGGAACAAGUGGUACCUGAGCUGCCGAUUCCCGCCUGUUUCCCCACUCCAGAGCCAUCCCCAGUAUCAUCACCUCAACCACAAAUGAAGAAAGAGCCGGUUACGUGUGGUGUUGACCCGAUUUUGGUGGCCAAGCAUCUGUGUGUCAUCAGACAGAAACAAGUCAAUAACGCACAGCAAAACGCCAAGGUAGCAAAUACAGAAACCCAAAAGAAACUGUUACCGAGCUUGGACGUGUCGUUUGUUGACUCUUUCUUCGACGAGAUUGGAACCGUGAAUGGAGAGCCUAUGUCAAUUAAAGGACUCCUUCAGCGCGUAAAACAGGAACCAGUCGACACCACAGACUACAGUUGUCUUCAGACACGGGAAAAACAACUCCCAGCAUUUGAACAAUUCGACAUUGAUGAGUUGUUCGAGAUCAGUGGUGUACCUUUGAAUAACAACUGCAACAACUUUGUCGGUAUGAAGAUGGAAAUGGAAGAUCAACGGAUCCCAGCGUGCGAAAGCCAACCGAGUCCCACUCCUUCAUCUCCUCGUUCAGUUACAGAAGACAAGCUGGCUUAUGAUGACAUAAUGUCAAGCGUUGUGCUAACUCCAGAGUCGGACUUCGAUACGGAUCAGUGCGAUGAUCUGGACCCGGAUUCCUGGAUGCUGGAGACGUGCAACAUUGAUAUGUCGUCUAAAGGUCUCGACUUGUUUGCCGAACCAAAACUCCAAACUGACUUUUGUCUGAAACGGGCUGGUCCUUGCUCAGAUGAAACCGAGUUGUAUCAACUCAAACAACUUAUAUCUUCAUGGACUCCAAGUGGUGUCUCUGAAUCAAAUGAAGACUCCCAGUAGGCCGACGUGUAAGUUACGACUUACGAUUUAUAAACUGUAUGGCAUAUUGCCAUUGGACGUUCCUUAGCUCAACUGCUGGACAGAUGACCAAGAAGACGUCUUGAAAUCUCCCGCUGGCCGGGAGAAACUUUUCUACAUUAUUUAGAAAUUUUGUUAUAUUCGCGAACACUUAUACAUCAAAUCCAACGUGCUUUAUCCCCAAGAUCCGCUGGUCGGACUUUGCUUUGGAUUAAAGACAUCGGUUCUGGAGGUACUUCCGGUUCCGGUGUGUAUGAUGUCUUGCUGGAUAAGACUCGUACAUAUCCAUUUUUGUACAUAUUUUCGGAUUUUGAAUUUUGUGGCUGUAAUAUAGAUAUGUUUUUUAUGAAGUAUAGAUGUUCUAUAGUUUCAUUAACGUUGGUUAUAGUAACACAAGUGUUUAUCUUGUUGAGCGAUGCCCUCGAUACAUAUGCUAUUGUCAAAGAAUUUCUUAAUCUAGAACCGUGUUAGUAGGUAUUAUAACGGUUUGCAAUUUGAAUUGUUUUACGUUCAUUUUCCAUUCAUAUUCACUCGUGACUCGCUGGUCGAGGACGUAUUACUCUCUAAGAUAGGAAAAUUGUUCUCGGAAUGAAGGAAGAAAGUAGGCUCGUUGAUCGAGAAUCCAUCCUUCAUUAUAUAAGCUGUUUUACGAACACACAAUUUCAUUAUUUGAACUUAUCUUCCAGUACACACCGUCAACAUUUUUUCUCUGGUCAUUAUGAUCAAAAACGAGGCUAGUCCUCAAAAAAUUCAUCUUUCAUCUUUUUUUUUUAAUAAAAAGGCUGGUCCUUUUUUUCCACAUAUGGUUUUAAUAAUAAUGAAAUUGUUGUUCAUUUCAUUUGUGUAAUCAUUGUCGCUUUUGGGCUUCAAAAUGAACGUCAAAAGGAAAGGGGUGUAAUGGAAGUUUGACCUUCUUGCGAAUCUCUAUGCAAGUGAGAAUAAUGGCACACUACUUCAAAAUGUGAAGGCAGCAUUGUCACGUUGUAAGCCACGUGGCUUUUCACGUGACUUUUAAAUAACUAUUAAUUAUGCUGACGUAGAGGUGAUAGCGGCUAUACAUAGUACAGGUAAAUGUCGUAUAGUUUGCUCCUUGCUGAUAUGCCGGUUUAACGAGAAGUAUUUGACAGAGACGUUUAUUUCGUAACCAUUGUUAAAUUUCAUACUGUUUGUACCUUGUUAUUAUAUAAUGUAGACUCGUUGCCAUGACGACAAACCUCACCCGCUGGUCGGUAGAUAGGUGUUGUCAUUACAAUGAUUUUGUAAUCAUGGUAACCAAUGCGAGAAGCUAUAUACCUGUUUGAUUGAGCUUCUCAGUUGUGUUAUUAUAAUAAUAAAUGAAGAAAACUACACAA